AUGGAUCAGGAAUUGCAGGAUCUCAUAGACAAGCUGUCUGCCGACCCCGAGCGGGAGCAGGUGGCCACGGAGAUACAAGCCUUGCAAUCUAUCUACGGAGACGAGGCCGUUAAAGUCUUUCAUCCCUCUCAGGAGGACGCCAGCAACGGGAAUCACUCGAGUGAGAAUAAUGGCAAGAUUCGCUAUGAAGUUACGCUCAAUCUGUCCCCGCCAUACGAAGACGUCUCCAUCCGUAUCCUCGUCUCAUUGCCCCCAUCCUACCCUACAACCUCCCCUCCACAACUGCAGCUGCUCUCGCGAUACAUAGGCGCCUUCGGCGUGGACUCUGAACUAUUCGGGGCGGUCCUGAAGACCUACAUAUCCAUCACCGGUGUCCAAUUCACCCCCGACACAGUCUGCGUCUUCGACGGCCUGCAAAACGUCCUCGACCGCUGCGUGCGCUGGUACGAGGACCGGCUGAACGCCGAGAAAGCGGCGGAGUUGGUCCGCGAAGACCUGGAGAGCCAUCAUGCACUGGACUCGGAGGAAGGCAGCAGCACACAAUCCCCCCAUGAAAGUAGAGGGCAAGAGAACCAAAGUAAUGGCAGCGCCGCGCCUGCCGCUCUCCCCUCCGGCGUCCAUAUGUACACCGCAGAGCCUAUCACAGAUCGCAAAAGCGUCUUCAUCGGGAGGGCCUUUCGGAUAUCCCAUCCCUCGCAGGUUCCCCACAUCUUGCAAUACCUAUUGUCGGAUCGAAGGACAGCCCGCGCCACCCAUCCCAUCAUCCAUGCGUGGAGAUGUCAAGUAGGCAAUGUCCUACAUCAGGACAAUGAUGACGAUGGGGAAACAGCGGCGGGCGGCAGAAUAGCCCAUCUGCUCCAUAUCCUUGAAGUAAACAACGUCCUGGUCGUUGUUACUCGCUUCUUCGGCGGCAUCCACCUCGGCCCUGACAGGUUCAAGCACAUCAAUCAGGUUGCACGCAAUGCACUGGAAUUGGGCGGAUUCUUGGAUUCUUCAGAUGCGCACAAAAACACCGGGAGAGGGAAGCAAAGGAGUUAA